CAACCUAAAAGUUCGCAUACUGUGUGUGGCCAUUGACGGCCCGCCUGCAGUCUGCCCGCAGACACACCACCCACACCACCCACUACUCCGUCCACUGCGAUCUUUUUCCCUGCCUGCGUCCUGCAUCUACUCCGUACCUCUUUUCAUCAAUCUCGAUUCACACACAUACACACCCAUUGUCCUUCUACCGUCACAUCAUCACUCGUUUUCUCAUCCGUCUUUUCUAUACUCUCGUUACCACCGCAGCCAUUCGCUUCGCAUCGACACUGACAGUGACUUGAACCUAUCGCCGUGUGGGCUAUUGUUGGUCGCUCACUUGUCAUCAUUUUUAUUCUGGGCGACUCUCAGUCACCAGCUCCGUUGGCACAACAUCCUGUUUUUAUCACCCAUCAGCUGCGACUCCUACGCCAGCCCCCAGACGCUCGUUUGGUCGGACCUGAUCCCCAGCUGUGACCACAGCCACCCUUCGAUCCUCCUGGGCACCCUGCAUUUGUAUUGUCCGAUUCCCCAGACCCUCGAUCCAUGCCCUCAUUUCGCCUUUUCUCCGACACGGUCCAUCAACAAAAGAGGCAACAUACAAUCACGGUUGCCACCCCUUCUGGAGACAGAGUUCAUUCUGCUUGUCAAGUCCACGUCCGGCGAUGACUCGUCCAAAUUUCAUCGAGCUACCCCCCGACAACACUCGUUCGGCCAGCGCGCUGUCGAGAAAUGCACUGUCUCCCCGAAUCCAACAUUUCGACGGCGAUGUCCCCCCGGCACUAUCGCCAUUGGAUGCCAUUGCUGCCCGAAGUCGCAAGUUGGCCAAAGAGUUGGAGGAAACCAGGAAAGCGGGCGAGCGACGCAUGAGCAGACUGCCACCUCAAAUUGUGACUGAUUCCCUGACCGAACAUCAAAACAAUCGUCCUCCGAUCUUUCGAGCCCUGUCCGAUGGCCUUGACACGGUCCCUCCUCUUCCAACAUGGGACAAGGAACGCGGCGGCAGUUUCGCUCGAGUUGCUCAUCCUCUGAGCAGGCCUACCUCCCAACGAGUCCACGUGAGCGCCAUCAAGGCGGGCGACGAUCAGGAAGCCAAAGAACCCUCUGAGGUGCAAGAUUACUUUGGCGCCCCUCGAGUGGAAUCUCCGCCGCCUCUUGAACCCAAGAGACCAUCAUCCCCGCCCCACAGCGUCGGCAGCCCUGCUCUGCAUCAUCAGCCUGGACUCUCAAGACAGGUCUCGGGCACUUCUCAGUCAGACUUCAGCGCAACUCUGGCGCCUCCACGAUCUUUCUCAAACAGACUCCGACCGUACCAGGAUGCCUCUGACGACGACUAUACCAGUUCCAAUGCGGGUUCGACCUUUUCGCAGUCCAGAAAGCUGUCGUCUAGCAGCGGCAUGUCUGCUCCUCACUCUCCGAUCUCCCCGUACGCCCAGUCUCAUACUCGGUCCCCCUCCAACGCUUCACUCGGGUCUCCCACUCACAAGAUUCCCACCCGGAAUUUCUCGCGGCCCUUGAGUUCAGUUAGUAUGACCAACCUCAAGAGCGAGAAGAGCCCGACUAAAGGCACAUUCGCAAAUCGAUUGAGCCAGCUCCGCGCUGCGAACUCUUUUGAUAGCUCGGCGUCGCCGGUUGAUGGUUAUCUGGCUGGGGAAACGUCUUCAUACACUCACGCAACCUACAGCUUGCCCAGAGGCCGAUUGGUUUCCGAUCGGACUUCGGUAGUCUUUUCGGGCCUCUCAACGCCCCAUUUUGAGUGGCAAGAGCCAAUGUUUCCUUGUACGCCUCCAUUAGAAGCGAAAAACAGCACCGAGCUUCCCAUCCCAUCUCCCAUGCCAUCGGCUCGACCCAGCAGAGAAGACCAACAUCAUCAAAGGUCGGGUCCAUCUUUUGAACUCAACACGGAGCACGCCUUCACCGCCCCGGACCGAGCCGCCCACUCGACAGCGUAUUAUACGCCGACAGGGUCUCUCAGAUCGAAUGAUUCUUCAAGCUCGCGACCCUCGGUAGGCCAGCCUGUUCCUGCAGCCUCUGCGUUCAUGCUCCCUCCUGUCCCUUUAUCACCUGUUGAAGAGGCGUCACACUCGUCACGAUCGACAAGCACGGUUCGGCCAACGACUAGUCGGUCUCCCAGCAAUUACCAAGGCCUUUCCACGGACGAGCAUGUCGCCAAGGCAAUUGAGCUCCAUCAACAGGGUGAAUUGAAGGAAUCGACAUAUCACUUGCGAAUCGCAGCCAACAAGGGUCAUCCCACCGCCAUGCUCCUGUACGCCCUUGCCUGUCGUCAUGGCUGGGGCAUGCGAGCAAAUCCACGGGAAGGCGUGCAAUGGCUGCGCAAGGCUGUAGACUAUGCAAUGCUUGAAGUUGCGGAUGACGAAGACCCUGCAAGUCAGAGGCCUGGCGUUGAUGUCAACGAGAAGAAGGCACACCGGGCCCAGUUUGCGCUGAGCAUAUACGAGCUCGGAGUCUCGCAUCUCAACGGCUGGGGUAUCGAGCAAGACAAGGCGCUCGCCCUCCGAUGUUUUGAGAUCGCCGGCAAUUGGGGUGACACAGAUGCCCUCACCGAGGCGGGCUUCUGCUAUGCAGAAGGCAUCGGAUGCAAGAAGGACCUGAAAAAGGCGGCCAAAUUCUAUCGGCGGGCUGAGGCAAAGGGUGUGAGUAUGGUUGGGAACAGCUGGAUCUACAAGGAGAAAUACAACGACUCGGAGGACGAGACUGAAGAUAGGUCGCGGUCGUACCGAAAGACGUCGGCCGAGAAACCGCGCAGCAAGUCCAAAUCGCGCGGAAUCUUUGGACGACGUAAAGCAUCCUCCUGACCAGACAUGUCGAACGACGUCUUUGGCUGGACUUGGACCUGAUUGCUCUGGCAGUGUUGGGGCGAGGAUGACUGGCUGCUAUAUAUUUGCUCUGGAAGCUCAAAAUGUGACGACACCUGUGAGGCUCUCAUCGAUGAUGGCUCAUGUAUAAUGAAUUCUAUAUCCUUACCGGCAUGGGCCUUGACUUUGCGCUCUGUACAGGCCUUGACCUGAAUUUCGUUGGACUGGCAAGAAGCGGGGUUGAGCUUGUGCGAGCAUGAAGCCGCGUCAGGAUAUGAUACCACUACUUGAAUAGGACUUUUAAUUCAUGAAUUCGACCUUCGA